UAAAUGAGGUUAUGUUCAUGCUUGUUUACAUUUCUAUAUAAUAUUUUCAUAGAUUUGUCUUUAUUUUUAUUCAUGAAAAUGAUAUCUAUUAUCUAGUAAUUGAAAGAAUUCAAAAUAAUGGCCAUGUAUGUUAAGUUAUAAAUAUUGCUAUUUUACACAUUAGGCAAUCUUGACAUUAAAAAUCUAAAACUAUCCUGUCCUUUCUAAUAAGCCAGUAUUUUCUACCUACUUUUGCUUUAGAUUCUUAAAAAAUGAAUUACUUAGCACUUUUUUUCUUAAUCGGAUUUACAAGUGCCUUUGCAAAACGCUCUGUAAAGGAUAAAAGUGACUGGAUUGAUCCCCAUGACAUGAAUGCCAAAGUAAAACACAAAUAUCUGCCGACAGGCAUAAGAUCUCCCUCUUCAGAUAUUACCGUAGAUCCUUUACAAGACAUUUGCUAUUCUCACAUCAAGAGAGUUGUCUCGGUUAUCAUAAAAUCCGCUCAUAUGGAUAAGUCAGAUCCAGAGCAGUACCAUGGACAUCUAAGAUUUAAUAUAGACCCUAAAGACUUUGAUUUUCUAGACAAGUUUGGUCAGGAAGACAUUACUUUGGAUAAACUAAGGCAACUUAACACAAUUUUGGGCAGUAGUUUUCAUAAAAGUUUUAUUGACAGUUAUCUGAAUACAGUAGAAUCCUUUCAGAUAAAAAUUUAUCAUAUGAUUGUCAAUCUUGACAAUCUAUGGCUUUUAGGAGCUAUUUGGAUAAUAUAUGUUACAUUUCAGCUCUUUAAACAUGACUUUUCCAUUGCAUACAUUGUUAAAUAUUUGAUUAUUAUGGUUAUGAUUGUCGAUUUUGGGUUUAGAUAUCAUCACUUGCUGAAGGAGGCUGAUGAACACAAUAUGGCAGUGGUUUACUCCAGUGAGUGUGAUCCUAGCAAGAUGUCUUGGUCUGAAUGGGCUGGAUUUAUGUUUAACAUGAAGAACUGUGAAAAGAAAACAGUUACUCCUCUAGAUGCCUUCUUAUAUCAAAUUAAGCACCUUAUCAUUAUUCCUAUGCAUGCUUUUGGCACUGGAAUGGGAGGAUUUGGAAAAAAUAUGUUUGUGGGUUUGCCUUGGGGCCUCAACCUUAUAAUGUGGCCAUUAAUGUUGGUUUUCACACUACUAUUUACCAUCUUCCUUAUGACUAUUCUAACUGGACAGUCUAUAGAAUUGAACAUGUUGCAUAUGCUUAAGAUGAAGUUUGGUGGGGGUUCAAAUGAUGCCUUACCUGCAGCAAAGACUAAACAUAUAUCACAUAAAGCAGUACAUAGACCAAUGGUUCAAGAUGUCUCCGAGAAAAAUAUAAAUAAGAGAUGCAAGAAUAACAAAAAACAAAGCCAAGACAUGUUGCAGAUUGGUGCAGGAGAUGGUUCAAAGGGUGUUGAUAAAGUAGUUGUAGAAAAAAAGAAGAAAAAUGCCGAAGAAGAAAGUGGUGAAAAAAGUAAAAAUAUAUCUUUAGAGUCAGAAAAACUAACAAUGAAAACAGACCAAGUGGAUAAAUGUAUUAAAGACUCCAAAAAAUAAAACUAAAGUUUAUAAGAAAGGGUUUUAACAAAACAACACUUUUUGGACUCUAUACUCGAAGUAUAGAGUCCUUGUUUGGUGCAGAAAAGGUUUUCUAAUUAGUGAGAACAGUCUAAAAUACUAAAUUACUAAUCAGUGCCUAUUAAUUAUAAUUGAGAUGCACAAUUUCCAUAGUAAGUUCAAAUUAUAGGGCUUAAAAUUAGUUUUAUGCUUUGUUUGCAACCUCGCUUGCUGUCACACUAUUGAUUGUUAUUGUAUUAAUAAUUUUAGUUUUAUACAACGAUUUUUGUAAGUAAUUGCAUGGAGACUAAAGAAAAAUUAAACACAAAAUAUAUUUUUAAUAAA